AUGUCCCGUAAAGUCGCAGAUAGAGAUAUAGAACAACUUCUGGCGGCAUUAGAAGAUGGAAAUAUUUCUGAGGAUGGCUUGGAAGAUGAAAGUGACGAUGAAGAAUCUUUUGUCAGUAAUGCAAGAGAACUAAUCCAAGAGUUGAAAGAUGAGGAUGCAGAGGACCAUGAAGCUGCCCCCAGUGAUCAAUCACUAAUUCAAGAUUUUCCUGGAUCCAUGCAAGAAGAUCAUGAACAUCAUGUGGAGUUUGAUAAAAGGAAACUCCUUUGGAAAAAAGACAGUUUGUUGUAUGACGAAUCGAAAAUAAUUCACCAACCAAGCACAACAGGCCCUGCUAUUACUGAACUAGAUACACCAUAUAAAUGUUUUUUGCACUACUUCACACCUGACUUUCUUCAAAAAAUUGUUGAUGAAACCAACUUAUAUGCAGUACAAAAAAACCCGUCAAUAUCUUUCACUACUACUGUUGGGGAGUUAAAAAAAUUCAUAGGAAUUCUUUUGUUUAUGUCAGUGGAGCAUUUCCCUAGUGCACGCUCAUACUGGCAUUCCAAGUUUGGGUACGAUCCUGUAAAGAGCGUAAUGCCGGUGAAUCGGUUUGAGAUGAUUAGGAGCUACUUACAUUUCAACGAUAAUAAUAAACAUCUUCCGCGAGACCAUUCCGAUCACGAUCGCCUUCAUAAGAUUCGGCCUGUGAUAGAACAGCUAAAUACGACAUUUUCAUCAGUUGCAAUAGACCAACGGCUUUCGAUAGAUGAGCAGAUGUGUUCAACUAAAAUUGCACAUUUCCUAAAGCAAUAUUUACCAAAUAAGCCUCACAAGUGGGGUUAUAAGCUUUUUGUUCUCUGUAAUCUUAUGGGAUAUGCUUACAGAUUUGAGGUCUAUUCUGGACAAGAAGAAAAAAAGAAAAACCAGCCGAUGAACCUGAUCUCGGAAUAA